GGCCGCUGAUUGGUCGCCGCGCCUGCCUGGACUGCGCACUGAGCGAGCGCUUGUGUCACUUGGUGUCCGGCGGGUGGAGAGUUCGUGUCACCGGCAACAUGAAGAUCUGGACCUCGGAGCACGUGUUCGACCAUCCGUGGGAGACUGUCACAACAGCCGCUAUGCAGAAGUACCCUAACCCCAUGAACCCGAACGUGGUUGGCGUGGACGUACUAAACAGACAUGUAGAUGGCAGCGGGAAGCUACACAGUGACCGGCUUCUCAGCACCGAAUGGGGCAUGCCUAGCAUUGUCAAAUCCAUUAUCGGGGCAUCAAGGACGAAGACCUACAUUCAGGAACACUCGGUGGUGGAUCCUGCGGCAAAAACAUUGGAACUGAAGUCCACUAAUAUCACCUUCACACACAUGAUAUCUGUGGACGAAAGACUAGUCUACAAGCCACAUCCCCAGGAUGACAAAAAAACGGUCCUAACGCAGGAAGCCAUCAUAAGCGUAAAAGGAGUCAGUCUGAGCAGCUAUUUGGAGGGAAUGAUGGCAAACACUAUAUCCAGCAAUGCUAACAAGGGCCGAGACGCCAUGGAAUGGGUCAUCAGCAAACUAAACAGCGAACUAGAGGAUCUGAAGGCAACAACCAGAGGAGGCAUCAGGACGACCAUAGCUGCAGCAGCCUAUGUAGAGGAAUGACCCCUUCCACCUCCUCGUCACUAGGUGUUAUACUGGAAAGGCUGCAGCGUCUCUCCGUGCACAGAAUUUAUUUAUUCUUAUUUAAGAAUGUAUUUUUAUUAAGUAGGAUUUUUUUUCAAAUUGAAGCUUGGAGAGAAGUGGCAGCGAUGUGGGAACAAGAGAAGCCGGGGACCAGGCUGUGAAGUGACCAUUCAUAACUGUAGCAUGGCCUCUUCCCAAUAAACCCAUUUUCUAGCGUCAGCGCAAGUUGUGACCUUAUCAUACCAGCUUGGGACCAAGGGCUGUUUCUAACCAGCACCUCUCGCUGAAGCACCCGCAGUCUUACUGGGCAGAGAUGCACUGCUCUACAAUAACUUCUGAGGAUGUUAUGGCCAUUAGCAAAAAACAGGUGAUUUUUUUAUUUAUUUUUUUUUCCUCGUUACCGCUGACUAAUUCAGUUGUAGAAGAGUUGAGUUUGUCAUUUUAGUACAAUCCAUUGUGAUAUCACUUACUGCACAUCUUAAAAGGGUUUUACAGCUCUUUCUAACUGAUGGCCUAUACUCAAUAUCACCCGCAACCCCUGCCAACCAGCUGUUUGAGAAGGUGUCGGUGUUCCUGUGAGCGCCACGGACUUCUCUCAGCUUACCAAGCACAGCGCUGUCUAUUGGAUAGUGGCAGUGCUUGGUAUCGCAGCUCAACCCCAUUCACUUGAAUGGUACUGAGCUGCACCCAGGCCAGGUGACCGAUGAAUGGGACAUCACUGCCCUAGGGUAAGUUGUGUGAGAAGGCUGCGGCAGUCACAGCACCAGCAGUGCCUCCUCAAGCUGAUCAGCAGGGGUCCGAGGUGUCAGACCCCCACCGAUCAGAUACUGAUCAGUUAAAGUGUACGGAAACCUGUUCAUCAGCAUAUUAUCGUUGUGCACAAAUGUUACAGUCUCUAACUGGAUAAUUGACUAAUUCAGCUCUGCUGCAUCUGAUAGUUGAUAGUAGCUGUAUUUUGCGUUUUGAAUUGCACCUGAUCCUGGAAAAUAAUAUAGACUGUAUUUUUGGGCACCGUAUAUACACUGCCUGUCCAAAAAAAAGUCGCCAACAAAAAAAAAGGUCACACACUCUGAUAUUUCGUUGGACCGCCUUUAGCUUUGAUUAC